UUGUAUUGUUUACAACCGGUUUCAACGAUGUACAAGAGCUACUCGUCCGGACGGCAUUGUGCCGUCGUUGGCUGCACAAACAAUCAACGGAAACGCAAACUUUUGAUGGAGGAAUUCUGCACCGAUCACCAAUGCAAGCGGCGUACGUGUAGUUGCGGCGUUUACUCGUUGCACCGAUUCCCGGCAGCUCCUGAAAAGUGUCGUGAAUGGGAGAUAGCUCUCAACAGAAAGAACUUCAAACCAAGCAAGCUUGCACGUGUCUGUUCCGUUCACUUUGUUGACGGUAGACCGACCACCAUCAAUCCAUGCCCAAUGCUUGGCCUCGGAUACGCAAAAAAGGUGACUCAUGGAAGAAGGCCAAUCCUGAGAACCCUGCAGCCAACUGCAAGCGCUGUGCAUCGUGGGAGGGGGUCAAUCGUGAGAACUCUGCAGCCAACUGCAAGUGCUGUGCCAGAGCAGCUGAUAGACAGUCAGGCCACACAGCAUGUUCCAUCUACUACACCAUGUUCUACAUGGGACACGACAGAAGAGAUGCAGGAAAUUUCAAAAGACCCUGACAAGUGUGAAAACGGCGUAAUUGAUCUCAGCUGCCGUAGCCCUGCUUCGAUGCAAGAGGAAAAAGAAAACGAGAAGCGGCACAAGAGUUGCCAAGUAGAAACAGAGUUUCGCAGUGUGGGAGUUCAGUGGGAAGACCCCUAUUCGAUCACACAAAUCGAGCAUUCAUAUGCAGCUAAAGAAACCACAUUCCAGUGCUCAGGAACCCAAACCAUGCCAAGACCACUUUCCGAAGGUCUCUCUGAGGCAACCUGCAACUUUUACACCGGGCUUGGACUAGAUGGCUUUUGGAAACUGGUCACAACAGUGGCUCGGUGUGGUCAAGUUUGUGGAAACAUGACCAUUGAGGACCAGGUAUUGUUAACACUCAUGAGACUUCGCUUAGGGCUUUUGUAUUUUGAUUUAGCACUGAGGUUUGGCACAUCUGUGGCGCACACGGGUAAAAUAUUUCGCAGAAUGAUUGGAAUUCUAGAUGGCAUUAUGAGGAAUGUCGUCGUGUGGCUGCCAAUUGAAACAAUUUUGGCAACAAUGCCAAGGCAAUUUUCUGAAAGUCAGUAUGCCGACACCACCUGCAUCAUAGACUGCACGGAAGUCUACAUGCAGCGGCCUAAGAAACUUUAUCCAAGAGGGCAGACAUACAGCCCAUACAAGGGUUGUAACACGGUUAAAUUCCUCGUGGCAAUUGCACCAAGUGGCUUUGUAAUGUUUGUAUCAAACGCAUACGGUGGACGAGCUUCAGACAAAUUUAUUGUUGAAGAGUCUGGACUUGUUGACAACUUGACUAAAGGUCAUGUAAUCAUGGCAGACAGGGGCUUUAGUCUGAGUGAUUCCAUGAAGAGAAAGGGCGUGAAGCUCAACAUGCCAGCCUUCUCAAAAGGCAAGCUUCAGUUCAGUGAACGAGAGGCAACUGCUUCGAGAAGGAUCUCAAACCUGCGAAUUCACGUUGAACGUGCUAUCAAUAGAAUUAAAGUAUACAGAAUUCUGAAGCACUCAUUGCCAAUACACCACAAGAAGUUGAUGAACAGCAUUGUUCUGGUGUGUGCCGGUUUGUGCAAUCUGAAAGGACCACUUAUUGCUGACUCGAUUGAAAAAGAUAAAGAGGAAAGUGAGAAUUAAGCGGACCACAUGCAAGACACAAUUACCCUUUGGCAUGCGAAAGUGCAAUCAUAACUAAAUCUAUUUUUCGCAGAAAAUGUGCAUUACUUUUAUAAUGGACCAUGUAUAUAUUUUGGAUGCUGCGAAAGGAGACUAGAUUCAGUAACUCUGUGUUUUACCCAUUGUGUUCCAUAAGCAGCACAUGAUAUCAAGCAUUACAAACAUGUGGUGACUGAAGCGUGCGAAAGUCCUCGCGAACUCUCUCUCGCUCUUUUUUUUUUCAACCUCAGCUACACCUCUAAGUGCUUGAGGUAAAAUUUGCAUGCUUUAAACAUGGUUGCAUGCACCGCUUGCUGCAGCGAUAUUUGCUUACAUAAACAGAACUGUGUCAAGCAGAAUUUUGAU